AGAGCAUGACGUCUGUUUGAAAGAAACUCUCUUUCUUUGAGAAACUAUCACCUUUUGUUGCUUUGACCUAUUCGGAGGAAUAGAAUCUAUUGGAUCGAAGUGUUAAAAAGAUUAAAGACUCUAUGUUAGAGACCACAAAGUUGAACCAAACCCCUACUGAAGGGAGUAGAUCAUGGGCUGACCAAGUCACUCUCCAAGUUCCACAAGAGUUGCAAAUGGAUGAAGUUGUUCUGGUUGUACUUGGAACAUCCUACGAAGACAAACUUCUAGUGGAUAUGGCGGACCUCAGUCGAGUCAUCCAAGGUGGACCUUGGUUUAUUAGCUCUUAUUUCUUCACCAUUGACAAUGAUACAUACUGCACUGUCUUCAAGCUUUGCAAUGGAAAAGACCUACAAUUUACUCUGAAGAUAGUGCGUACUUUUGCAGAAAAUGAAGCAAGGGUACUUAUUUCACAGAUUUUGCAUGGCCUUGCAUAUCUUGAUGGACGAGAGGAGAGGAUCAUACAUUAUGACCUCAAACUCGCCAAUAUACUCUUAGUUGAUGGAGUUGUAAAGAUAUCUGACUUUGGCCUUUGUAAGGUCAUGGAGGUUGGAUCUGAGAGUCUAGAGCUGACUUCCCCUGGAGCAGGAACUAUUUGGUACGUACCUCCAGAGUGCUUGGUGGGAGGUGCAAACAGUCAAAUUUCAACAAAGGUGGAUGUAUGGUCUGCUGGAGUGGUGUUUUAUGAACUCCUGUUUGGGAGAGUGCCCUUUGGUUUUGGGGCUGGUAAAUCACGAGACAUAAUACGGAAAGAAAUUAUUGACAAUGCACUUCACUUUCCAACCACUCCUGAGAUCUCUCUUGAGGUGAAGCCUUCUUCCUCCGCACCGAUGAAUGGGUUUGCUCAGCAGGCAGAGAGCAUGAGUGAAGGGAUGGCGAAGACUGUCAUGAGCAGGUUCGAGCCGGGUAGAGUUCUGAUUUACACUGAGUUGGCAAACGAGUUUGCUGUGUUCGAUCGGUGCUCACGUUAGUUCCCACGUCAACUCAGCCGAACCUGUUCUACGCCCACUCAACCAUUUCGUUUGGAGCCAUGAGCAACGUGAGGAAAGACCUCAUCCAUGGAUUCCCCCAAAAACGAUCUUUGAUUCCCUCGAAGAAAAUGGAGAUCUAGGU